GCGAACAGAGACGCUAGUCUAGUGGAUUGGAGCGCAGAUCAUCACUGGCUCGGAGACACACAGUUCGGAUAACACAUCAGAUUCAGCAAACACCGUUUAUGGUUUUAACUGAAGAUUUUACAAUGUCUCGCACCGACGAGGUCCACCGCAUUACGGAAAAUGUCUAUAAGACCAUCAUGGAACAGUUCAACCCCUGUUUGCGGAAUUUCAUAACUAUGGGGAAGAACUACGAGAAGGCUCUCUCCAGUGUGACGUUUGCGGCAAAGGGUUAUUUUGAUGCUCUGGUGAGAAUGGGUGAGCUGGCCAGUGAAAGUCAAGGAUCGAAAGACUUGGGGGAUGUGCUUUUCCAGAUGGCAGAGGUCCACCGUCAGAUUCAAGUACAGUUAGAGGAAAUGUUGAAAUGCUUCCACAAUGAGCUGAUGUCAGAACUGGAGAAGAAGGUGGAAUUGGAUGCAAGAUACCUGACUGCGGCUCUCAAGAAGUACCAGAUGGAGCACAAAACCAAAGGAGAGAGCCUGGAGAAAUGCCAAGGUGAGCUGAAGAAACUCCGGAGGAAGAGCCAGGGCAGCAAAAACCCCUCCAAGUAUGGCGAGAAGGAGUUGCAGUUCGUUGAGACCAUCAGCAGUAAACAGAGCGAGCUGGAUACCUUCAUAGCAGAGGGCUACAAAACAGCGCUGUCAGAGGAACGUAGGAGAUACUGUUUCCUGGUGGACCGCCAGUGCGCCGUGGCCAAGAACAGCAGCGCCUACCAUGGCAAGGGUAAGGACCUUCUCACUCAGAAGAUCCCAGUAUGGCAGCAGGCCUGCUCAGACCCCAACAAGCUGCCCGAGAGGGCGAUGCUGCUCGCCCAGCAGAUGACCUCUGGUUCCAGCACCAUGCUCUCCAGCCCUUUGCACUCCUCCAAGGGCAACCUGGUUAUCUCAGAUCCCAUACCUGGAGCUCAACCGCUACCCGUGCCACCGGAACUAGCUGCCUUGAUGGGGAGUGGCUUGGGACACCAGGGGCGGCUAAUGGGUCCUGAUGGCAUGUCUCUGGUGAAUGGUACGACGGGGGUCCAUGGGGACGAAUAUUGGAAAGAUGGUGGGGCCCCUCAGGGAAGACCGCCCUCCCCUCAAUCUCAGACUCAAACCCAGAGCCAGCCCCAGAGACAGGUCAGCGACGUCUACUCCAACACCCUGCCUGUUCGCAGGCCCCAGCCAGCUAAGAACAAGACUACUGUGGGAGAAACGAGAACUCUGCCCAGGUCAAGUUCCAUGGCAGCAGGUCUGGAGAAGAAUGGACGCUCUCGUGUACAGGCCAUUUUCUCCCACGCCGCUGGCGACAACACCACCCUGCUCAGCUUCACUGAGGGCGACAUCAUUACCCUGUUAGUACCUGAGGCUCGUGACGGAUGGCACUAUGGAGAGAAUGAAAAGAACAAGAUGCGAGGUUGGUUUCCUUUUUCCUACACUCGGGUGCUACCUGACAGUGAAGGCGAGAAGUUAAGAGUCAAUCUUCAUCAUGGGAAGAGCAGCAGCACAGGGAACCUGCUGGAGAGAGAGGACAUGUCUCUGCCCAUGCCUGACUAUGGACUGACCGCCCGACUCUUGGCACAGAGCCUAACACAGACUCGACCACGCCCAUACAGCAUGGCAGGCUUUGCACAGCCAGCGCUAGAGGAUUAUGACAAUCCUUUUGCCACAAGUUUGGGUCCUGAAUUGUCCCGUUUCUGAGUGUUGCAGGACCUCUUGACCGUUCCUUGGAGCUCUUCCUUAGACAAAGCAUCAUGGAUGACCGAUCUGCUCCUCUGUACUACUAGAGGGGCCCUUGCUGUGGCCUGUGCACUGUACUGCCCUCUCUUGUUCUGUCUGUGUCAUUGCAACAGCAUAUGAAGGCAGAGCAUAAGUGCUUACUUAAAUGGGUUUAAAGGAAGAAGAAUAGAGAGUAAAUCUCACAUGUUCUGUCCUGAAAAGAUUACAAGAGUAAUGAUCUUAACUCUGUAGCUUCAUAAUUAUUGGCAUUUGUAGUAAGGAAUUUGAAGAGGUAAUGACUUUACCAAAAAAAAAAAUAAUAAUAAUAAUAAUAAUUAUGUUAACUAAUCUGGCACAUCAAAAACUGACCAUGUACUUUUAUUGGAAGAGAGUGAGGAUCUUUAAUGAAAUAAGUGAAAUACAGCAUCACAUAAGAGUAUGCCUGCAAUCUGACUGUUGAAAUUUGAGAUCAUUUGCAACUUGAAUGUAAAUAUGUAACAAAAUAUUUAGUACAUUUCAAUUCCAUAUAUUGCAAUUUUAUAUAUUAAGGAAGCCUUUUUCUCAGUUAAAAGCUUUGUGACACAUGCCUCUGUAUCACCUCUAUAUAUUUUGAAAGCUGUGCUUAGGAGACAUUACAAUGAAACCUCUUCACAGGGGUCUUGAUACUGUGGUCGCUCCAGCAUAAACAGACUGCCAUGAUUUAUUACAGCAGCCUCAAGCUCUAGUGAUGCAUCUGCAAAUUCUCUGGUUAAAGAGUUCUGUACAGUAUAUUAGUCACAAUAUAUAGUGCAAUUUUGACAUGCAAGCAUCAUUGCAAUUCUUUAAAAUAAUAAUAAUAAUAAUGGUGUAAGUACAGGGAAUUGCUUGUAUGUGAUCUGUUAUGUUGUUUGAUUAGUUUUGUAUAAUUAUAUGCCACUACUGUCACUUGUUUGUUUCUUAGAAAUUGCAGCAAUUGUUUUAGAUAUAAGAGGGUUUGUUACUUUUUUCGCCAGCUACCUUUGCUCUCAGGCUCUGUUGAGAAUAUAAAUGUAUUUUAUUCAACAUACUGAACAAUAGUGCUUAUAAAUAUCAAACUUAGAUUGACUACACAAUAAUGGAAAUCUAUAAAUUGCAGGUUAUGUAAAUAUGUAGCUUUGUUUUUGCCUGAGGGACGGAAAAUUACAUUUAUAGAAUAUAAUCUUUAUCACGAAAGCUCUUUGUACAGAUAAUCUUGAAUUAAAUAGAUUUCUUGCCACAGGACAAAAAAAAAAGGAGUUUAAAUGCUAAUAUGAAUUGCAUGUUUUUGUAAUAGGGCAACUACUGCGGUUUGUGUGAUGAAAGUGGGUAUUUUGUGUCUGAUCAGCUUUAAGACCCAUUUUAUAAUGUUUUUGUUGUUGGGUUUUUGUUGUCGUUUUCUUGCUUUUCUUCUAAUGUUCUGUUCAUUCUAAUUUAUGGUCAUCUGCAAAUGUAUGUGCACAUUCUUGUCUUUCAUUAAAUAAAAAAAGGAAAUAAAAACUUCAAA